GAGCAAAAAAAGUAUUAUGCCCUUUUACUGGACUUAUUGCAAAAUAUAAAGAUUCUAAAACUGGUAUACCAUAUGCAAAUGUAGAAGCAUAUAGUAGAAUUCAAAAAUUAUUACAACAUAAAUAUAUUUGGUCAGAAGCACAUAGUGCGUACAUAAACGAUGUAAAUCAAAAACCGGCUGAAGGUACACCUGAUGGUUUUCAAGCU